AUGAUUUUUGAUAUAACAGGGCUAGAUAUUGCUAUUGGAUAAAUAUCCUUAAACAUAUUGGUUUCUCUAUCAUAUUUAAUCAGAUCAAAAUAAAAUUAGAAGAAUUUACAAACCUCCAAAAAAAUUAUUUUAAAAGUAUACACUUAUUCUAUUUAAGAAAAAUACGAAAAAACAAACUGAGGAAGUAUUUUAAUCAAAGUUGACUAUCUAAAACUAAACAUCCUCAAGUAAGUCUACACCCUAUAAUAGUAAAAAAAAAUGUUAGUGCUUUAAGGUCUUAAAAACCUAAUGAAUUAGAUUAAAAUAAUUCCAAAAAAAAUUAAGCCGAUAAUUAUCCUUAAUCAUCAGGGCUACUGCUCUCUCCUAGCAACAAAAUCUUGGGUAUUGAUAAUAGUAAUCACUAGAAAACGACAAACUUAUGUCAGAUACAAAUCGAUAGACUCAUAGAUCGAGUUUAGUGCCCAUCCUUUAAACUUAAAAAUAGUAAACCUCUAGCAAGUCUAGUAGUUGCACCCAAAAUCUUACACCAAAUGUAAAACCAUCACCCGAUUAAAAUAAAUCAAUCAUAAAUUAGCUAAAAGAGAACCCUAGUUUUGCAGGAUCAAAAUUAGUUUAAUGUUAAGUAUUAACAAUAGCAAAAUUGUUUUUAGUAAUGUAAAGCUGACAAUUCUGUCGAAUAAUCUGAUGAUAUUAUUACUAUUGAAAGAAAAAGGAACAUGAGCAUACCUUCAGAACUAAAGGAAGAUGAGAACUAAGAAAAGAUAAUGGAAAAAAAGCAAUAAGAGGAAUAAAGAUUAAAAAUUUAAUAAUACAAAGAAACAGAAUACACAUAAUAUAUUCAACUAUAAAAUCACUUCCUUUUAUUUUCGUGCAUGUUUUUUGUGCAAUCAAUCAUACACAAAAUCAACUCCAACUUAUCAUUAUAUGAAGAAAUAAAUUUAAACAAUGCUUUGGAGAUAUAUUUAUUGUAGGCUUGUAUUGGAGGAUUUUAUUAUAAUGUGUUUUAAGCACUGAUAAUCAUUUUUUUGGAAAAAGUCUUAAAAUGCCAUUCACUAAUAACUAGAUUAUUAUUCUCUGCAUAUAAUAUCUCUGCUCCUUUUUACCUAUAUUCAACAAUGUAAGAAUAGAAUAAACUGAUAAAUUUAGAAUUUAUGCUAAUGAUUGGAUGCAUCUAUUUUAUAUAGUUCUUCUUUUUUAUUUUUUGUAGAAUACUGAAUUGGAAAAAUUACCCUCUGACUUUAUUUUUGACAAUUUGA